AUGCCCACUCUAACUAGUUAUUUUGGUUUUCUGUUAGUAGCUUUAACUAUAACUUUAGUUCUAUUUAUUAGUCUGAGCAAGAUACGACUUAUUUGA